CUGCCCGGUCCAAAGCCUGCUAGGGCUGGCCCGAUCCGCUUUCCCCUUGUCUUUGGUAUCGUAACAUUCACCAAGAAUGGGAAAAUAAAAAUCAGACCAGAGGAAAUUUCAAUUAUCAUAAUCACCCUGAUUUUCUAUGGAAAAUCCAUUACGCUGAUACAAAAGGGAGCUUUUUGGGAAGAGAAAAUAAGAAGUGUAGCAUCCAUCAAAGCUGCUAAAGUUUCAAACGUGAACCAAGGAAUGGCAUCUUUAGCUCAAGCUCCAUCCACUAUGGCUUCUGUUACUGUUCCCAAUGUCCAUCAUAGAGGCAUGAAAUUGUUUCAACCCUCAAUUUCACUCCAUGGAUUCACCUUUCCUCAUAUUCGCAUUAAACAUCCUCCUGUUUGUUGUACAAAGCUGACUCCAUGGGAACCUUCACCAGUCACAUAUUCUCCCACAGAUGAAAAGGGUAGUGACUUCUUGAGGGGAACUUCCAACAUAUUUGAAACUCUAAAUUCUGAUGACACUGCUGAAGCACCCGUUACCAACACAGAAGAGCUUAUACAUACAAGCAAUCAGUCAUCUGGGCAGCUUCAGUUCCUUAAAUGGCCUAUGUGGCUUCUGGGCCCUUCUCUUCUCCUUGCUACAGGCAUGGUACCCACCUUGUGGCUACCCAUAUCUUCCAUAUUCCUUGGCCCCAAUAUAGCCAGCCUGCUUUCCUUGAUAGGACUUGACUGCAUCUUUAAUCUUGGUGCCACCCUUUUUCUCCUCAUGGCAGAUGCUUGUGCCCGGCCAAAAAACCUAGCACAGCCCCUGAACAGCAAGGCUCCUUUUAGUUACCAGUUUUGGAAUGUGGUUGCAACUAUAACUGGUUUUGUGGUUCCCCUGAUAGUGUUCUUUGGUUCCCAGAAUGGUUUCUUCCAACCCCAGCUGCCCUUCAUCCCAUUUGCAGUUCUAAUGGGUCCCUACCUCCUUCUUCUGUCCGUGCAGAUUUUGACGGAGAUGCUGACAUGGCAUUGGCAAUCACCGGUAUGGCUGGUGACCCCAGUUGUAUAUGAGGCUUAUCGAGUUUUGCAGCUAAUGAGAGGAUUGAAGCUUGGAGCAGAGCUCAGUGCACCUGCAUGGAUGAUGCAUACUGUCAGGGGGCUGGUGUGUUGGUGGGUGUUGAUACUUGGUAUGCAGGUCAUGAGGGUUGCUUGGUUUGCUGGUUUCACUGCGGGAGCUUGGCCACAAAAGUCCUCUACUUUGGCUGAUGGUUAAUCGAAUCUACCCUUGGUAAAAUUUGAAUGAAGGGUUGUGGUUUUAAAUACAGACCUAUGAGGAUACAACUGAACCAUGUCUGUGGAAAUUGCCUAGGUGAGUCACCUUGUUCUUCACUAUGUCUAUAGCUAUUUGUGUUGGACAUCUACUUUGUUGAGUACAGAGAUGUAUAUCAUAAGCAAGUUAUGUGUUGCAGUAAUGGUUCAUUAGUGUGAUGAUUGGAUUCAGAUUAUAUUUUCAGCCAGUCAUAUCUUGGCAAAAGCCUCAAUGAGCUGGAUUGUAGAGACUAUGCGUGUUACUAUUUUGAUACUUGAAACAUGACGUUUAUGGAUGGAACAAGAAAACCAAUGUCAAUUAGGUUGCACCCAGAUCUAAUGGAAUGGAAGAUUUCAAGAUAAUUUCUGCCAUAAUUGCCUAACCAUCACCUUUAGGCUAAGGAAUUGUAUGAUGAGAAUCCUAGUCAAGUGAAGAGGACUCAUCUUUUAGCUAAUUUCAAUUUCAUUGCUUUUACAUACUUUAAUGUCUAUUUGCUUACCUGGGAAGCCUUUCUCCAAAUAUGAUUUUAAUAGGUCUUUUGGUGUUGGGAAUCGUACAAAAUUGACAGCAAGAAAAGAAAGUAUAGACUUUUAAGACGGGAUCCUAAAAAGCACAUGAACAGGUUCACCAUUGACAACUACAGUGCAUAUCAUUUCACCCUACUGUCAUGCCUCAUUCUUGCACUUCUAGCUGAAAAUUCCGUGAACCCCUGUUGUUUGGUAGGCCAUAUCUACAACCAAUUAACAAAAUAUGUUAAGAAAAGGUCUCAUUAUCACCUAUCAAACGUUGAUAGUACACAAUGUCAAAAGAAAAAGUUACACUAACUUAGUGUCCCUACCAUAAUACCAAAGUAAACUUUUUCCAUGAGAUGAUAUCAUAUUUGAUUUACCAUAGAUGAAAUCUUAAUACUUUAUAUAUUGAUCCCAUUUGUUUUCGAUGUAUUAUAGAUGAAGUCUUCGUACUUUAUAUCUUGAUUUCAUUUGUUUGAUCCGGGUAUCGUAUAUUUAUAUCUUUUAUCUUUUAUCUUUUAUUCAACCGCCUAAAUUUCACCGUACACCAUCAAUGGCCUAAAUUCUAAGUUACACGACAAGUGAUGCGAGCAUCUGAUUAUUCCAUCUACUUUACAUAUCCUGAUUUCAGACCUUGCUUGUGUAUGUUCUCUUCACAUGCAUCUCUUCUUGCCAUUAGAAUCACACGCCAGUGAUAUUGGUCCCAUGGGUUUCCAGUUUCUCCCACAUAUUGUCCAGAUUGUUCAGAGGUUAAAUCACCAACUAAUCUUCCAAUAUACUCUCAUUCUAAACCUAAAGGAUUGUCAGCUGUUUACUCAACUUCUGGUAGAUUAUGGCUCUUGUCAAACUGCAACCAAGUUUAGGUAGAAUCAAUCCAGUUCAGAUCUGAAUUCGUUCUGCUCAAUUACGGUUUUUGGUUUUUAAUUUUAAUUAAAAUUUAAAGGUAAAGUUAUAGUUUUUAAAGGAUGGUACUGAUAUUAUAAAAUUUGUAUUAAAUAUAGAAUAAUUUUAUAUGUAAAUUAAUAGAGUUUUUUAUAAUUUAAUUUUAUAUUAAUUUUUUAAAUUAUAAGUUCAACCAUUAUCUAUAAAGUUUGUUAUUUAUAAUUUUAAAUUUAAAUUAGUUAUAAGUUCAUAUUUUUUUUCUUUUAAUUUCAUUUCAUAAAGAUUUAAAAUUUACAAAUAUAUUAUUUAAUACGACUUAGAUAUAAUAUUUUAUAUUUUUAAGAAAUUAAAAUAUUUGAUUUUUUUCUAUUCAACCAAAUAAUAAAUACCACUUAAAUUAAUUAGGUUUGACUUGAAAGAAUAAAAAAUCAAUGAAAAUCAUGUAUUUGAAUUUAUAUGAUCGUAAAUUUAUUGGGUUAAAAAUGAUCUAUUUGAGAAAAAAAAAUUAAAUUAUUUUUUGUUAUUUUAUUUUUAUUUUUAUUUUUUAAUUAAAGAAUUUAAGGAUGAAUAAGGUGGAGGAGUUUGUUGAGAAACAGGAUUUGAAGACUUUGACAAGAUAAGGCUAACACUAUGAAUUGGGAAGAUGCCUCUUAGUGGAACCGAAGGAACUGUAUGAACAAGUAUCGUAGAGAAGCCGCAGUCUCAACGCUGAGCAGAGAGACAGACGACACUGUCCUACACUAGUCUCUCACGUUGUUGCCUUUUCUGCGGUCUAUUUUUUUUCCACUCUCUCUCUAAAUUCGAACCUACAACUCUAUUCAUCUCUAGAUCCAUCUCCUGGCCGGGAAAAACCAGAUUCUCCGCCGCCGUUAAGUCACUUCUCUCUGCCGGAAUCCCCUUUUUUUCACCGUAUCCGGCGUUUCUCUCACGAUCGAGUCGGAAUGAGCACUGGAGAGCUCCUCAGUAUCGAACCUCAAGAACUUCAGUUCCCUUUUGAAUUGAGGAAGCAGAUCUCGUGUUCUCUGCAACUUUCGAAUAAGACCGAUAAUUUUGUCGCUUUCAAGGUUAAGACCACAAAUCCUAAGAAGUAUUGUGUUAGGCCUAACACUGGAGUUGUGAUGCCUCGCAGCACAUGUGAUGUAAUAGUUACAAUGCAAGCGCAGCGGGAGACGCCUCAGGAUAUGCAAUGCAAGGAUAAGUUUCUCCUUCAGAGCGCAAUUGCAAGUCCUGGAGCUACCGCUAAGGACAUUACUUCAGAUAUGUUCAAUAAGGAAGCAGGGAAUCGUGUUGAGGAGUGCAAAUUGAGGGUUGCUUAUGUUCCUCCACCACAGCCACCAUCCCCAGUGAGAGAGGGAUCAGAGGAAGGCUCUUCCCCUAGAGCUUCAGUAUCAGACAAUGGGAACAUCAAUGCUUCUGAAUUCACUGCAGUCUCAAGAGCAUAUGUUGAGCCUCAAGAUAACUCAUCCGAGGCAAGGGCUCUUAUUUCAAAGCUGACCGAGGAGAAAAAAUCUGCUAUUCAACAAAACAACAAGCUUCAGCAAGAAUUGGAGUUCCUUAGGCGUGAAAGCAACAGAAGUCGCAAUGGCAGUCUCUCAUUUAUAUAUUUUAUUCUCGUUGGUUUGCUUGGCCUCCUUAUGGGCUAUCUUAUGAAGAUGACAUGACCAAAGGAGUUGCCAUUUUUUUCCAUGUUUCACUCCCCCAGCUGUUUAAAAAAAACAAAAAACAAAAAACAAACCAAGUGUAGAAUAUUGAAGAAAAACAAAUUUGUGACAGAUAUGAGGGAGCUGUGGGUCAUUUGGUACCAGUCUGCAAUGACAGAAGAAAACAUGCUUUAGAUUUGAUGGGUUUUGUAAUUUGCUAAUGCAAGAAUAUUCUAGGUCAUUCAUUUGUGUGACUAACUGCUUUAUUAACAUUGCCUAUUUUGGUAA